AUGGAUUCCUUCCUGCAGCACAUCGAGCACUCCUCGCUGAGCUCAGCGCAGUCUCCUUUCCUGCACGCAUAUUUCUCCUCUUCUCUCACACUGCCACUGCCCAUCCGCCCCGCCGACGUCAUCGACUUGACCCCUCUAUGCGCACCAACCGCCGUCAUCUCGGGACACCCUGGAGAUCAAACGAACCCGAACCCUAACGCCAAAACCAAACCAUCCCGGACAAUUUCUUUAAUCCUCGCCAAGCAACCCAGAAGCGCCAAGGGAGGGGGGAGGGGGGAGGGGGGAGGGGAGGGGGCGCAAACGUCUGCGCCGGCAUGUACCCGGCGUCUGCGGGCCAUGAAACCCGCGGAAGCGACAUCUUGCUACCCCUGGACUCCGUUGUCACCUCUCCUCCUCAAUGCCAUUGCGUCGUCUCGAGCUCCUGACGACUCGUCUCACCAUUCGCAAGGUUCCACCGCUCUACCCGUGUAA